CUGCGCCAUUGGCCAGCUAGAGCCAACCAGAAGAGCUUGCAGUUACUGAGAGUGUGUGAGAGAGAGAGGAUGAUGGGUGGCAGCGGCAGGGCUGCUCUGCUGCUGGCCCUGGUGGCCGUGAGCCUGGCCGUGGAGAUCCAGGCCGACGCCGGGUACGGGUACACCCCGACGCCGACGCCGGCCACCCCGACCCCGAAGCCGGAGAAGCCCCCCACCAAGGGGCCCAAGCCGGAGAAGCCGCCAAAGGAGCACAAGCCGCCCAAGGAGCACGGGCCCAAGCCGGAGAAGCCGCCCAAGGAGCACAAGCCGACGCCGCCCACGUACACCCCGAGCCCCAAACCCACGCCGCCGACGUACACUCCCACCCCGACGCCCCCCAAGCCGACGCCACCCACAUACACUCCCGCCCCUACGCCCCACAAACCCACUCCCACUCCUCCGACGUACACCCCUUCCCCCAAACCUCCGACACCUAAGCCGACCCCGCCGACGUACACUCCAAGCCCCAAGCCACCGGCUAGCAAGCCUCCCACGCCCAAGCCGACCCCGCCGACGUACACCCCUUCUCCCAAGCCUCCGACACCUAAGCCGACCCCGCCUACGUACACUCCAAGCCCCAAGCCACCGGCUACCAAGCCUCCGACGCCCAAGCCGACCCCACCGACGUACACCCCUUCCCCCAAACCUCCGACACCUAAGCCGACCCCGCCUACGUACACUCCAAGCCCCAAGCCACCGGCUACCAAGCCUCCCACGCCCAAGCCGACCCCGCCGACGUACACCCCUUCUCCCAAGCCUCCGACACCCAAGCCGACCCCGCCGACGUACACCCCUUCCCCCAAGCCUCCGACGCCCAAGCCGACCCCGCCGACGUACACUCCAAGCCCCAAGCCUCCCACACACCCGACGCCCAAGCCGACCCCACCGACGUACACCCCUUCCCCAAAGCCUCCGACACCUAAGCCGACCCCGCCGACGUACACGCCUUCCCCCAAGCCUCCGACACCCAAGCCGACCCCACCGACGUACACUCCAAGCCCCAAGCCACCGGCUACCAAGCCUCCCACGCCCAAGCCGACCCCACCGACGUACACUCCCACACCGAAGCCGCCGGCCACCAAGCCGCCCACCUACACUCCGACGCCGCCGGUGUCUCACACCCCCAGCCCGCCGCCACCUUACUACUAGAAACCGAUGCCUACCAUACCACACUGCUGUCAGUCUCUGGAGCAUUUAGGUGGUCUCGAUCGAUGGAAGAAUUGUGUCCUAGCCAGCCGGCAAAGGUGACCUGCUGAUGAUGAUGAUGAGAGGCGAGUCCUACGCCCUAGUCCUACUACUACCCUCUUUGUGUGCUGCCAUCCAUCCGUCCCCGCUAGACGAUCGAGGAGAGAAUAACGCAGAGCUCUGUGCUCCCGGCCUCUGUCUUCUGCCGUCCCGGCCGUUUAAUUUAUAGUCUCUACUGUGUGUUCGUCCCAUGUGUUUAGCAGCAGCAGCAGGUGUAUUGUGCGGGUAUGUAAUGGUAUUGCAACUAUAUUGGGUGUAAAACCAUAAUAAAUGUGGAAAAAAUGCAAGGAAAAAAGGCUUCUACUGUUUACACUUA